GCCUUACGUUGGACAGACUAAUUUGAACUAUGUAUAACACUGCACAAGGCAAACAAAUUGCCCAGCGCAUGGAGACUGUUUUGUUUACGUCAUCAUAUCAGUGACCCCUGACCUUUGGAACGAAAGAGUUUGAGAAUCUCUAUUUAUCACUAGAAAUCUGGGAGAUGGGAACGCAACAGUAUUAGGAGAUCGUAGAGGACGUCUUUCUAUCAGUUGCGUGUGUUAAACGCUUUGACAGCUAUUCAUUGAGAAUUCUUUCCAUUUAAAAAUCUUUCAGCACAAUCUCCUGUUUGAAUCACAAGCCUUUAUUUAAAUCUGAGGCUAAAUACAUUUAUUUUGGAUGUUAUUUAAGUCACGGUUAUGCGGAGUCAUAUUGAUAUCAUGAAAGAUCUCCAGUUGGUGCUUACUGCGAACAGUUAAUACCUAGCUAGCGUUAAUCCGUAUGCAGGUUUGAUAUAGAUCGUAUCCAACUAUACAGAGCCGAGAGACAAUAACGUUAAUACAGUAUUAUCGACCAGUAAUACUUAAAGAGGAUUCUGUUUGUUUGUGAUAUUUAAGCUGUAAGUUCCUGAGUUUUCCAUGUCUCUAACAGGGGGUCUUAAACUGCCCCCGAUCGCCGAUUCGGGAGGGGAUAAUGAUGUGAGUGUGAAUGGUAAGAUGAUCGCUAAAGGCGGCACACACCAGCAUAUGAUCUACCGAAGUGUACCCCCCAAACCGUCCAACUACACGUUCUCGGAUAUGUUGGGACCAAGUCCCACCGGUCAAAAGCAGAGCCGGACGACGGUCGUGUCGUCAAAUACACCGGCGGAAUACGUGGAGAGAUUCAAAUCCAAACCACUGUCUAAACCCAAGGUGGUGGAGUUUGACGUCGGAGACAUGUCCACAGAUUCUAAACGACGGAAAGUCAACGGAUUCUUCCCGCCAGUCAAACUUCGCCGCUCAGUAUCCACGAGAGUGACAUCAUCAGAAUUUUUAUCAGAGGAGCCGAUAAUGGCAACCAGUAGGAUGCAAUUGAUUCCCACAACAUACAUGGAAGUGCGGAGCAAGUCAGAGCGUAUUGAACGGAACAAAACUCCUAUGUCCUUCCGAAAGACACCAGAAUCUAUCAAAACUGCGCAAACAGCACCGGAAGUGAGCAUCAUAUACCCGAACAUUAUAUCAGAAAAUGUUGACUAUGAUGAUUUGAGUUUAUUGCCGCCUCCAAAGCGAAUUUUACCUCGGCGAGAGCUCCCAUGGGUGUUUCGAUACAAAGUGAAAAGAAACAUGAACGAAUUGGCAAAAAUUAUGGCCAGUAGACCCUCACCAACACCCAUACCGGAACAGCUUCCGACAUAGAAAAAAAAAUCCCGUAAAGUGAUAUGCAAUUCCGUCUACUGACUUAGUUGUUAACUGUGAUAUCUGAAAGUAUUAAUAUAUGGUUGUUGUUAUUUAUGCGAGCUCUCAAUUCAUGAAAGCUUUUAUCGUGAAAUAAUUUAUCGAUUCUUUUUUUCUUUUUUUUUUUGUGUUUUCGGUUUCGUAUCAUUUCGUUAUAAAGAAAACACAAGAAAUAAAAAUAUUCAUUACUUUAUGUAAUGACGAGUCCUAAAAUGAUGAAAAUGUAUGUGUGUAUUCGAUAUUUCAUUUUUAUUUUAUUGAAAAUUUUGAAUAAAAGUUUAUAUUCUU